AAAUGUGCCAACAUGAACGAUCGUGUUGUAGCGGACAUGACAGAGGCUGGAGUAGAUGUCAACAGAACAUUGUGUGAUAACAAAACUGACGGUGGAGGAUGGAUUAUUAUACAGAGACGUGUUAAAGGUGAUGUGAACUUUACAAGAACUUGGAACGAUUAUAAAAAUGGAUUCGGUUCAACAUCUGGAGACUUUUGGAUCGGAAAUGAUGUAAUUUCAAAGUUGACAGAUUUGGGUUAUAAUGAACUAAGAUUUGACAUGAAGUAUAAAGGUAAAGACUACUACGCUGUGUACAGAGGUUUUAAGGUAGAAAAUGAAGUAGCAAAGUAUAAGAUGAGCUUCACGUCAUUCAGUGGUGAGAAUGGUGGAAACACGUUUAUACAUCACAAUAGCAUGAAGUUUACAACCAUUGACUCUGAUAACGAUAUACACUCAGGAAGAAACUGUGCUGUAGAUAGGAGAGGUGGUUGGUGGUAUUAUAGUUGUCACAAUGUUAACGUCAACGGUGAAUGGGCGAGUCGUGUUUAUGAGAAAGGAAUUCAUUGGUCUAGCAUUACAGGCUGGUCUGAAUCUCUAGACUUUGUUGAGAUGAAACUUCGUCAAAUGUAAACAACCCGAAAACAAUGCUAUGGUAAAAUAAUGGAUAUACAGUAAUCAAAUUAUUUAUUUAAUCUUCAGGAACAUAAGCAACAUUAUUAUAUUAAAAUAAAUAGAUGUAAACAUUUAACUAAGGCAAUAUUUUCUUGAUGGUGAGUUUACAUAAGAAGUUUAAAAUUAUCGAACAUUAAACAAAACAUUUUAUUUAAAAAAAUUGAUUUUAAAAACUACAACUGAGUUUGUUUUGCUGUUAUGAUGUAAUAAAGCCAUUUAUACACUCAUCUAGAAUUGAAAUUCCUCAUAGAUUGACUGUGCGUGUGUUAGCCAUUAAAACAGGUAAAAAACGACUAUGAUGGUGUCAUUUAUUUCUUGCAUAUUCAUAGACUAGUAGUGUAGUUGUCAUCUACCACUAUAUCUUUAAUUAGACAUUCACUCGGAUCGUGUAAAGUUCAACUCUAAUAACGUGUGUAAUGUUUAUGCAAUUUUUUCAAUAAUAUUUUUUCGCAUAGUUUUUCGAAAGAUGUAUAUAUGACAUCCAAAAUCACAUAAAAUAGAUUGUAACUGUUAAUUUGGGAUCUGUAAAGCUUUGUAUUAUAAAUGUGAACAUUAUGCGGUCAUACAGUAGAAUAAAAAUAUAUUAUUUAAGUAAAUCCUUUGUUUCAGUAGUUAAUGUUUUAUCAAUGUAUUCAUAUCGAGCAUGUUUGUUUAUUAAGAAAUCUCUACUAUCAAAUAUAAAUACUUAUUAGUACAAAAUAAAAGUUUUAUUCUGAAUAUGUUUGUAUUACUGAGAUUGGAAUAUUCUUUUAUUAUCGUUUUCAAGG